CUCUCUAUGAUGCCGAGGCGCCGCUCUGCGCUCGCUCUCGAUGGUAGAGAGGCCGCUCUCCGCUGGCUCUAUGGCGCUGGCGGUGGUGCGGCCCCUGGACGCCCUGCCCCCGGAGCUGCCCCCGGGGGCGGCGGUGCUGCUGGCCCCGGCCCCGCUGGCGGCGCGGCUGCGCGGGGCGGGCGGGCCGGCGCUGGUGCUGGUGCUGGCGGUGCGGCCCGCGGGCCGGCCCGGGGCCCAGCCGGCGCUGCUGAGCGCGGCCCUGGUGGCGGGCGGGCCGGGCGGCGGCGCCGAGCUGUGGCUGCGCGGCGGCUGGCGGCGGCGGCUGGGGCUGGCGGCGGGGCGGCGGGUGGCGCUGUGGCCAGUGCGGCGGCCGCCGGCGCUGGGCUGGGCGCUGCUGGGCGCGGGGCCGGGCCGGCCGGGGCCGGGGCCGGGGCUGGCGCGGCGGGGCGAGGCGCUGCCGGGGCCGGGGCCGGGGCCGGGGCCGCUGCUGCUGGAGGCGCGGCCGGCGCUGCAGGGGCUGCUGGGCGCGGGGACGCGGCUGGCGCUGACCGAGCUGCGGCCGGAGCGCGGGGCCCCCGCGCCGGGCCCGGGGCCGCCGCCGCUGGUGUCCCGGUUCGCGCGGGGGGCGGGGGCCCCGGCCCGGCUGCGGGCGCUGCGCGGGGACCCGGCGCCCUGGGGGCUGGCGGCCGAGCCCGGGGCUGGGGCGGGCGCGGCGCUGUGGGUGACCCGGCGCUGCCUGCGCGGCCUCGGGCUCUUCCAGGGCGAGUGGGUGCGGCUGCGGCGGGAGGGCGAGGCCGGGCCCGGCGAGGCGCACCUGGCGGCCGUGCUGGCCCUGCAUCCCCGCUGGGACUUCCCGCAGGAGCCCCGGAACCCCCCGGAGGGCUCGGCCGUCAUCCCGGCCGCGCUGGCCUUCAACCUGGCCUGCGACCCGCUGGGCGGGAGCCACCUGCUCAUCCAGAGGUAUGGGGAAGCUCCUGGUAUGGAAAAGAGACAAGGAAGUCGGUCCUUGCUAUCCAUUCCGCCCUUUGCGAAGGAACUGCACAUAGAGAUUGUCUCCUCACCAGCCUACAGCACCAGAGGAGUCUAUGACAGUAUUCUCCACCAGCACUUCCAAACUCCCAGGUUGGUCCAGGAGGAUGAUAUCCUGUGUAUUCCGACAGCUGGACAUCCUGAGUUCUUGGAAGGAAAUUCAGAGAAAUUUCUUAGCUGGCCGGAGCUGUACUUCAUGGUGAAGAAGAUUGUAGGGGUGGCGGAAGGAGAGCAGUCUGGGGGGUACCUGGCUGACAUCCAGAACACAUCGCUGUACCUGGUGGGUUCAACAAACAGCGCUGUGCCAUCUUCCCCAAGCCGUGGUGGCCAUGGGUUUUGGAGCAGUCUGUCUCCCGCCGGGCUCUCUGAUGUGGUGACGCAGCUCUGUGAUGCUCUCCGGCCUCAUCUGAACAGCAGGGGGACUGCGCUACGUGGAACAGGCAGCGUUCUGCUGGCGGGACCCAGUGGUGGGGGGAAGCUGACGGCUGUCAGAGCUGCAUGUAGUUGCCUCAAUCUUCACUUGUUCAAGGUGGACUGCGUUAGUUUGUGUGGAGACACUAGUGGAGCUACAGAGAUGAAGCUGCAAUCUGCCUUUGCACAGGCUGAACUCUUCCGGCCGUGUGUGCUCCUGCUGAAGGACAUCGAGCUACUGGGACGAGACCGGGAUGGGCUGGGAGAGGACUCCAGAGUCACUGCUACACUAAGGCACCUCCUCCUGGAAAGAGAUGCGGGAUCUAGCGGUUACCCUGUCCUGGUGGUUGCCACCACGUGCCGGCCUCAGGACGUCCUGGCAGACGUGCAGACAGCUUUCCUGCACGAGGUGACGGUCCACGCCCCGUCGGAAGAGCAGCGGAAGGCCAUGCUGAGCACGCUCACUGCCAGCCUUCUGUUGGGCAAGGAAGUGAGCCUGGCCACACUAGCGCGGAAAAGUGCAGGGUUUGUGCUGGGAGAUUUCUGCGCUUUGCUGGCCCAAGGAGGCCGGGCAGCUUGCACCAGGAUCUUAACCUCAAGUUUCCCAGGGGGGCUGAGUGUGGACGAGGAGAGAGAUUUUUGUGCUGCUGGAUUCCCUGUUCUCGCAGAAGAUUUUAACAUUGCAUUGGAUCAGCUGCAUGAGACUCAUUCGCAGGCAGUUGGAGCCCCAAAGAUCCCCGCGGUCACCUGGCAGGACAUCGGCGGGCUCCAGGAGGCGAAGAAGGACAUCCUGGACACCAUCCAGCUGCCUCUGGAGCACCCGGAGCUACUGUCUGUGGGGCUGCGCCGCUCUGGCCUUCUGCUCUAUGGGCCUCCUGGGACAGGAAAGACCUUGCUUGCCAAAGCUGUGGCCACGGAGUGCACCAUGACGUUCCUCAGUGUGAAAGGGCCGGAGCUCAUUAACAUGUACGUGGGGCAGAGCGAAGGGAAUGUGCGCCAAGUGUUUGCCAGAGCCCGGGCAGCUGCCCCCUGCAUUAUCUUCUUUGAUGAACUGGAUUCCUUGGCACCCAACCGGGGACGGAGCGGAGACUCCGGCGGAGUUAUGGACAGAGUUGUCUCCCAGCUGCUAGCAGAGCUUGAUGGACUUCAUUCCACCAGAGACGUAUUUGUGAUCGGCGCCACCAACAGACCUGACCUGCUGGAUCCAGCACUGCUCCGGCCUGGCAGGUUUGACAAGCUGGUCUAUGUCGGCAUGAAUGAGGACCGGGAGUCUCAGCUGCGAGUGCUGAGCGCCAUCACCAGGAAGUUCAAACUGGACCCUUCAGUGAGUCUCAGCAGUGUCCUGGAUCAGUGCCCUGCCCAGCUGACGGGAGCAGAUCUGUACGCGCUCUGCGCAGACGCCAUGAUGUGUGCCGUCAAACGGAAGGUGAAUUGGAUUGAGGAAGCUCUUAGGUGGCACCUAGGCCACAGUUUCAAGCUUUUCUCCGCAACCAUGAUGGUUAGAAGUUUCAUUACAAAACCGAGAGCUGAGAGUCGCCCGUAAUCACACAAUUCCAGAAUAUGGGGCUAAAGAGCAUUCUCCACUGCAAGAUGUGGCAGGGUGCCCUUCGCCCUCGGGGAGCUGGUGGGGUGGUGUUCUCCAGGCCCAGCCGUUCCGCCCGAAUUGAGUUCACAUCUCUGCCUUCCCACAAGGCAAGUUCUUAUUUGCCUAGGCUUGGACAGCUUUUGUGAAGCCAUGAUUCUGAAUGUGAGAGAAUGUCAGGGGAAGGCCUGGAGGGGGCUGGAGGCAGGUGGGCAGGGCAGGGCAGGGC